GGCUAUUGGCAGCUACACACACACGUCCACACACUACUGUGGCGUCGACUCGAUCCGUGUCUCCGGGUGUCUCCUCCUCUGUGUCCGUCCCCCGGCUGAUGCUGUUUAUAUCGCAGGACAGACGGCGUUUUGACUCAUGACAUUUUAAAGCGCCGUGGCCAAACCUUUACGAGCCUGGAUGAGCGGGCCAAACUACGCCAACCCGUCUGCAGAAGAGGCUGAGAUGAACCGCAUCCAUUAUGAGUUGGAGUAUACAGAGGGCAUCAGCCAGCGCAUGCGAAUCCCCGAGACCCUCAAAGUGGCCCCGGAGAGCCAAACAGGCUCCAUGCCACAUCAGCAACCCUUACCCCAACACACCACCCUGAUGCAGGUUCCUGAAAGGAUUGUUGUUGCAGGUGAUGAUGGGGACUCUCGAUUUACUCGUCCGAACGACUUGGAUCUGAUUCAGUCCGUCCCUUCUGUCGACCUCCUGAACAUGAAGGCCCCGCCACGUGUCCUCACCCUCACAGAGCAGCCUCUGGACUCCCUAGAAACAGAUCCGACGGCCAACUCACAGAGCAAUCCCAUCCACGUGACCAACUUCCAUGCUCGGACUCGAAGGGAGCGCAGUGCAAGCGAGAACAUGUCGGUCCGUCACAGCAGUCAGAUGAUCAGAGGGGACAUCAGUGUAACCCCUUCCCCUUCUGCCCUCCCAGUCCGCUUGUGUCCUCCUCUCUGUUCCCCCGAGGACGCCAACAUCAACCUGUUCACAGCUGCUGGCUUCCUGUCUUAUAUCCAGUCAACGACACGCCGUGCGUACCAGCAGGUCCUUGAAGUCCUGGACGACAGCCAUCGCAGGACACACUUGGACCUGGUGACGGACAUAAACCCUGAUGAGUCUGGCUUGGUGGACGCCUCCUCGCUACGACGACAGAUUGUGAAGCUGAACCGGCGUCUGCAGCUGCUGGAGGAAGAAAACAAAGAACGCUCUAAGAGAGAGGUGAUCCUGUAUUCUGCCACAGUGGCUUUCUGGCUUAUUAACACCUGGAUCUGGCUCCGUCGCUAAAAGAGGACAGGACUGAGUCUCCCAAAACAAUGGAAGCCAAAGCAAUUCCUUGUUAACGUGGUAUUUGUUGAAUUACUACAUGAGUCUGUACAAACAUGUAAAGGCAACACUGGGAAUAGUUCUACCACAAUUCAGGAUUUUAGAGCAAAUUCUGUACUGAGCUUUACAAAAUUCAGGCUUAGUCCUGGCAAUGUGCUGAUCCAGGAAAACAAUGAAUAAUAAUGUAUCGAAUCAGUAUCGUUCUGACUGGUGUUCACAACUGCAGACAUGGCCGAAAAGUGGCGAACUGUUGCUACAGCACUUGCAUUAUGAUUUUUCCUGAACACCAAGAGAAAGCACAGCGCCACUACAGCUGGGUAGUUUUGCAAAGCACUUGGCAGAAGUUAGCAGCUACUUUGAUGUGAUUAGCCGAGGUUUGAUAGGUUGCUUCAGACUCCAUUUUAGGCUAAAACUAGCUGCAAAAUAGGUGAUUGUAAAACAUGUACAAUCUCUGAAUGCAUGUUGAAGUUUGAGGGGAAACUAUAAAUAGUUUGAAGUAGCCAAACAGUGCUAGCAAUAAGUAAAAAUGGUCAACCUUUAAUAAUAUGUUGUGGUUGCUUUAUGCAAAAAAAAUAAACAAAUAAAUAAAAAAAUAGGAAAAUAUUGCAGUUUGCACCAUUAAAAAAUGGAUGAAGUCUUUGCCCAAAAACACAUUUGGGCAACAGCAAGUUGGCGAACAAGGAUUUACUUAAGCCACAAAUGUUUUGGGAACCCUUCCAGAGCUGGAACUUGUAAGCUACAGGACCAAACCUCAGACCUCAUCUGUUCUGUUUGAAGUCGACUUCACUGGUUUGGUCCUGAACUUCCAUUCUCAAAGUGUCAAACAAUAAGACUAAAUCUAGAGAUGCCAUAACAUUUGCCCUGAAUGUCCUAUAAGUUUUUCAUUACCCAUGACAUUGGUGUAAGUACUUGAAUAACUUGAAUAGUCUCCUGUUGAAAAUGUUGUUUUGUCUCUAAUGCUAUUGUUUUUUUUUACCUCUUUGGCAGCCACAUGCCUCGGUAUUGUUAUGAUAUUGAUGGAGUGGUAAUAAAAAUACUAAGGCUAGGGUACAAAGUGAACUGAUAAUAUUUUCUCACGCUACUCAUAAUCUUGGAGCUUGUUGUUACCUACGAGAUUAAAAGCAUGUAGUUUUAUACAUCAUAGUGUGAUAUAAACCUUUUGUGUAUGAUGCUGUGUCAUAGACAUGAAAUAUUGAUGUCUUUGUUUUUGAACAAUGAGUUAAGCUGGUAUUUCAUGCAGGUUUUUUGUCACAUGUAUUACUGGAGUGUUCUCUGUUAAGCACUGUAGCAACUUGUACCACUUGAAGCUGGAGGUUUAAGUUAAAUAUUUGACUGUCUUUGUAAUAUAUAUGAGUACAUUCAUUGUUUGUAAAUAGCUUUGCUGUAAUAAAUGAUGGAUGUUGGUUUCUUCCUGA